AUGCUGCUGUCAGCUUGGGCCGAGGACACGUCCACCGCGCAUGCGCGCCAUUGUCACCAGGGAGACGGCGUCUGUGCGUUGCUAAGGGCGCGAGGACGGAGUAGCGAUCGGUGGACCGGGCAAGGAGUUGGGAGAAGUGGCGCUGAACGGGCUGGCAGAGGCAGGCAGCUUGGCAUGGCUGGCUCUGCCCACUCCAUGGAGGUGGACCAGGGAUACUUGGCGGGUCUGACUGCCCAAAGGAAUGCCAGCGCCUUCUUCGAGAAGUUUGAGCGCAGCGAGCUGCAGGAGCUGCUGGCCCUGGUCUCCUGUAACUGGCUGCUGUCCACCGGAGACCAGAGGCUACCACUUGAGAUGCCCCCGGGCAUCAUCUCCCAGAUGAAGGGCUUCAGCAGCCCGAGCGUGGUCAUUCUGGCCCCAGUGCACCCCCGCAGCGAGCUGGACUACAGAGAGGUCCACCAGAUCAUAAGGGAGCUGACCACCGGCAUCUACUGCUUCAACCAGGUGCCCUCCGUCUGCCUGGAGGCCAACUUCGACAGCAGCACCUCGUGCCAAAUGCCGCCGGCGUACUACGACACCAGAGUUGGGCAGGUGCUGACCAGUGUGGACUACCUCAUCAAGACGCUCUGGCAUGGGGCCACCAUGCCCAAGGAGAAGCGGCUUCGCUUUUCAGAGUUGUGGCGGACCAGCAUGGACGUGGACUUGAAUGGAGCACCGCAGACCAAGAAGGACAUGGUGGGCGAGUUCCUGACCGCAGGUCUGGAGGAUAUCUCAAAUGACCCAACGUACCAUGGCAUUUACGACGGGCAGGAGCAGAGGGACCCUAGCUUGGCACCGCAGACCCCAGCCGAGGUCCAGCUCUUCAUGCAGCACGCGGACCACUUGGGCCUGAAGCUGACGGCCUACCUGCAGAGCUUCGGGCAGCACGAGAACCUCUUUGUGUUCAGUGCCACCUACGGCCUGUCCAGCGUACUGCGGGUGACCGAGGGGCAGAUGGACGGUGUCACCUACCAGCGCCUGCAGCAGCGGCUCUCACGCCAGGUGGACGUGGUGCUCGAGCACCUGGAGAAGAAGCCGGACACCUGCCGGGAUGUGGCCUGCCUCCAUCUCAUCAGCUUCCUCGUGCCAUUCCUCAUCAGCCUCAAGAAGAAAAUGAAGAUUCCAGCCGUCGAGCGUCUCCUGCCACCCGUUUCUGAAGACAAGCUGAAGACUGAGCGAGAGUUUCCACCGCUGCUCUUUGGCCCCGAAUUCCGCUGCCGGCAUUUCCAGCUGGAGCCCAACACGUAUUGCCAUCUGCAUGGUGGCAUCGAGUUUGAGGUGGGAACGCCGCCCAUGGAAGAAGUGUCCAAGGAAGUGAAGGCUUCACUUGAAGAUCUGCAGCGGGUUGCUACGGAGGGAGCCGAGCAGCUUCUGCGCCAACGUGAUGUCUACUGGGAGCAGUUGCCCCUGCCGGUGGUGCAGCUAGAUGGGCGCAGAUUCUAUGUGAUUUCACUGGAGUUAGAAAGCUUUUACCAGCAGGCAAACCCGAUGCCAUGGUGGGGCGCCAUGACCGAGACCAUGAAAACACUGCGUGUCAGACGGCUGCCACUCAGCGACGUCCAGCUGCACGAGCAAUUCAAGAAGACGUUUGGCUACCGAAAGGCCCUGAAAUGCAAGAACCUGGCCUUCGGGCUCAAGUCGGCGGCCGAGAGGGGCCUGUCUGCCGUGCUGCACACCUUCGGCCGCAAGAACGCCGCCUCCCGCCUGCACGUCCUGGAUGAGGGCGGCUACUCGCUUGUUCACGCCGCGGCCAUCCACAACCGGGCCGCCAUCAUUUGCCAGCUGGCUAUGGCAGGCAUUCACUUGAGUCAAAAGGGCAGCGGGCACUCCGGCCAGGCAGGUCUCACCCCCCUACACCUGGCGGCCCAGUGCGGCUCUCUGGAGGCCCUGAACUGCCUGCUGGGCCUGCGGGUGGACCACACGGCGGUGGACCGACGUGGCUGGACGGCCUUCCACUUUGCUUCGUUCUACGGGAACGUCCCCUGCAUGCAGGCCCUGUACUGGAAGGACCCGGCCCUGGUGGACCGAGUGACCUCGGCCGAGUAUGGCACCACUCCGCUGCUGCUGACCGCCAUGUCCGGCUCUGUGGCCGCACUGCGGUAUCUGCUGGCCAUCGGGGCCGACUGGAGGAAGACGGACAGUUGUGGGAACAACCUGGCGCAGCUGGCGGCCCUCUACUGCCACAUCGACAGCCUGCGACUCCUCAUUGACCUCCAGCUGGACGGCUUGCCUGUGUGGCACGUGCUUGUAGAAAUGCUGUGCUCGGCUGACCAAGUGUCCAGGGAAAUGGCAGUCCGGUGCCUGGAAGUGCUUUCUGUGGCUGCGGGCAACUUCUGGGAGGACAUCGUUAAAGCAGGGGGCGUCCCAGCAUUGGUGGAUUUGCUGCGUGGCCAGGGGGGGGCGCUGCAGUGUGUGGCAGCUGGCGUCCUCUGUAACGUCUCCAGACACGAGUCGGCUGCCACCGCCAUUGUGCUGAGUGGCGCCACGCCAGUCCUCAUUGAACUGCUUGGCAGUCCGCAGGCCGAGCUGCAGUCCCGCAGCUCCCUCAUCCUGGCCGACCUCGCCCGCCAGAGUGGCCACCAGACCCUCAUAGCACAGCUGGGUGGCAUUCGCCCGUUGGUGCAGCUGCUUGGCUCCGAGAUCGAGGACGUGCUGGUCAACGCCGUGGACUGCAUUCGAGGCCUGUGUGUCCACAACUCGGCCAAUCAGAGUGCAGUGGUGCAGGAAGGCGGGGCUCCGCUGCUGGUGGAGCUGCUGACCGUCAAGUCUGAUGUCCUGCAGUGCAGUGCAGCGGCCGCUCUUGCCGAACUUGCCAGGAAUCACCAGAGAAAUCAGGAUGCCAUCGCGGAGGCCGGGGCGGUCAGCCCACUGGUCAGCCUCAUCAGCGGGCGCAAGACCACAGUGCAGGUGGCAGCUGCCAUGGCUGUAGAGGCCUUGGCUGACCACAACCCCGCCAUCCAGCAGAGGUUCCUGCGCACCGACCUAACAAGACAUUUGCUGCGGCUGCUUAAGGUUUUCCAGCUGCAGGUUAGAGAGCAGGGCGCUGUGGCCCUGUGGGCACUUGCCGGACAGACGCUAAAGCAGCAAAAGCAGAUGGCCGAGAUUAUCGGGCUGAACUUCAUCCUCGACCUGGCGAUGGCACCGUCUGACAGGAUGCGGCAGGUCGGGUGCCAAGCGAUCAUCGCUCUGAGCCGCAACAGCCGGGCCUGGCAGGAACAGAUAUGCAAGGAGGACGGCGUGAGCCCGCUGGCGCGUCUGCUAAGGGCACCCAAGACCACAGAGACCACCCUGCUGGCCGUCAUCAAGGCCUUGGGUUCACUGUGUGUGGGUGUGGCACACACCAACAGUGCCAGCAGCCAGCGUGCCAUCAUGGAUGCCCAUUCCGCCCCGGUUCUGAUUGAUCUGCUGAUGAGUCACCAGUGCCGAAUGGUGAAGGUGAGGGCAGCUCAGACUCUUGCCAGCUUAGUGCUAGGCAACCCAGAGCUCCAGGUGUGGCUUCGUAGCGAGGAGCAAUUCAGUUAUACCCACGUGUUGGAGCUUCUUCAGGACCAGGAUGUCGGCCUCCAGGCAGGCUAUGCCCUCACCCUCUUUGCCUAUAACAGCACCCUGCAGCAGGCAGUCAUGCUCGAGUGUGGUGGCAUCUCUUUGUCCAGCUACGAGCCGUUCCUGCACUCAGAUGAUGAGACUGCCAGGGCAAAGGCAGCAUUUCAGGUUGUGGUUUUGGCUAAAGUCAUAGUGGACGCCGAGCAGGUCACCCUCUCGGCCCGUGGUGUCACCAUCCUGGUGGAGCUGCUCAGUUCCAAGCAACCCAGGACAGUCGCCCUGACAGGUGAACUCCUUGCCAGUUUGUGUCACACAAGAGCGGGCAUCCCAGACGCCAUCACCAGCCUGGGUGCCGUGGAGCACCUGUGUGGGCACCUGUAUUCUGGCCAUGAACAGGUCCGUGCCGCCUGUGCCAUCGCCCUUGGCUACCUCACGUUCCACCGGCCCGCUCAUCGCCUCCUACUGGCGCAGUGUCGCAAUCAGCCAGGACUCUACAGCCUCCUGCUUGCCAACAUCUCCCAAGAUGGUAAAAUCUGUAAGGUGUUCACAGAUGAAUUCAAGCGGCAGCAGACGAUCGGUCUGCCCUCCCAGAGUUUGGUUAUCAAUGGAGGCCCACCGGUGACCCCAUGCCACGGGAGACCAAAGACAGCGUCUGCCACCCACAGCCUCCACAAUGUGCUUGUCGAGCGGGUGCCACGCUCCAAGUCAGCUCCAGGGACCCAGGGCUCAGUGGCCAGCGGAACCAAGUGCCACGGACAGGCGGGAGGGAAAAGCGACAAGACACAGUGGGAGAGAUGAGCCCAAGGGCCACCUAAGACUGGCACAGCCUUUAUUGUCAACAGGAAUCCAAGGCCCAUCCCUCAUGUUGCCAGUCUCAGCCUCACGGGUGGCAGCGUGAUGGCACUUUGCUUUACCUCCUCAGAAAUGUCUGUGCCAAAGGUCGCCCUGCAUAGUGGGAAAGAAGGGGACAAAAGUGACUGCAGCAGCUGCUAGUGGCUCGGGUGCCAAGAACCACCAGUAUUACGCACUUACUUUGGCUGGUACCUAAUGCCCGCUGGACUGGGGAGGAUGCCGAUGCCCUCUCGGAGCCGUUCAAUGCCAUUCCUAGGGGACAAUGACAGACAUGUUUAUCACACGUGUCUCACAACCACAGUGCAGUGUGCCAGUCCAAUACUCACCAAGCUACCAUGGCACCGUUAUCUGUGCAGAGCCGAGGAGGAGGACACAGCAGCUCAAGUCCACUGGCAUCACUGAUAACCUGCAGCAGCUGCCUGGCAUACCGAUUGCUUGCUACACCCCCGGAAACGACCUGCGGCAAGAGAUCAUGGGCUGGUUACCUUGGGUCUAGUGCCAACUGAUUGCCAAGUUUCUUAUUUGUAAUAAUCACAGGUGCCCAAAUGUUGGCAGGUCAGGAUUUGGUUCUGAACCUCGCCUCUGCCAAAACUUGAUAGGAUGUUAGUUGUGUGUGCCAAGUGAGUACUGGGGCGGGCACCAGGUUUUGGAAGACCAUUAAAGCUGGCAUAUGGGG